AUGUCGCCUUCCAAACCUGCCAACGGCAUAAAAAGGCCAGCACCUGCCUCAUCGGCCGCAUCUCCAUCCGGCGCGAAUACGAGCAAGACCGACAGCAAGCGUCAGAAACGCGACGGGAAUACUACUACGACGAAUCAUGCCUCGACCCCAACGCCCGCUGCCGUUGCUGCUGCCGCUGCUGCGAAAGACUUCGGCGAACACAGUAAUACACAUCUUUCAUUCGCUGUCGAAUUCCUCAAAGAAAAGCGCAGUCCUAGACCUCUACAAGAGAUCUUAGAUCACCUGACGCUGCAGCACCUCCCCGAGGAUCAACAACGCGCGUUCGUUCAUAGUCUAAAAACCCAUUCGCGUAUCCUGUUCAGCCCAGCCCCGAAAUCCAAAGCUAGUUCAAGCCAGCAACCCGAAUGGCGCACCGGUACAUACGAGUACAGAGCCAAAUUUCCCGGUGUAGUUUCCAAGGUAAAACUACUAGAAUAUUUGCAACAGAGGAAGGACCAAGGAGGCAUUUCAAUCAAGGAUAUCAAAGAUGGCUGGCCGGACUGCGAUACUGCUAUUGAAGAGCUGGAGCGGGAACACAAGGUCAUGGGUAUACGAACCAGAAAGGACACCCACGCACGAAUUAUCUGGCCCGAUACUCCAGAUCUGCAUCACGAUGUAGACCCGGAAUUUCGAGUAAUGUGGUUCCAAGAGGCCCUACCCUCUGUUGAUGAAAUGCCUAGGAAGCUGAAGGCACUGGGUCAAAAGGCCACAAGCGAGGUGAAGAACAUAAACCUCGGCCAGAAGGCCCCACCGAAGCGGAAGAAGGCUUCUCGUGUUCAGAAGAAAUUCGAGAAUGAGCAUAUGAGGAACAUCUUCGAGCAGCACAAGCGCAAGUGA